GCGGAUCCCAGUCAGUCCACACGGAAGACGACUGGGAAAGGCUCUCUCCUUUUAUCUCCACCAGCCAGUGGAUUUGCUUUCGAUACGACCUCACCGAGGUCCAUAAUUGUUUCUGCCGCUCCUGCCAAACCCGGAGAGAAAAAUACUGCAGUGCCUCAAGUGACCGUAAGAUCCAGUGUCAGGCCGAAACCUUUGGAAUCCGCUGCAGAGAAAGUGGUAGCUGAUAUUGCGGAGGACCUCGAAGUUGUCGACAUCAACAGCCCUUCAGAGCCCCAUACAUCCGUAUUCCAAUUCUCUGAGCGACCGAUUCAUCAUCCUCCAGUUUUAUCUACAGGUGGAGAGAGACAUUAUGGGAAGUCAGCAGAGAAUAAUGUACUGCAAAGUCUUUCCUCUAAACAAAUCAAUGACCACUCCCCCAGCAAGUUUUUUCAGAAUGUGUCAAUAUCAGAGGCUGUUGACCCCUUCAGUCAACUGAACCAAAGCAACUCACCUUAUCCAGCAAGCCUACUUGGAGCUCCAGUCCCUCCUCAGCCUAUUCAGCAUACAGUUGCAGGGCCUGCUUCUUGGCAUCAACCAGCAGUAGCACAUACUACUCCUUCUCCUUCCUCUUUCAAGUCUAGUGUUACUCCUCUUGCUCCUUCUCCUUUCAAACCUAGUAUUACUCCUCCUGCACCUUCCUCUUUCAUACCUAGUAUUACUCCUCCUGCUCCUUCCUCUUUCAAACCUAAUAUUACUCCUCCUCCUCCUACCUUUAUACAGAAUACUACUCCUCUCCCUACCUUUAGACCUAAUGUUACUCCUUCUCCCAGGUAUCCACUAAACGUUACUCCUCCCCCCUCUGUUGGGAGCAACUCUGCUCCUCCCUUUCUUCCUUCUUCUGCAUCUUACCGACUCAGUCACCAACAAACUGGACAGUUUUCACAGCCCUUUGUUGGAGCUUCACCUUCAUUGAAUCUUAUCAAUUCUCCAUCUGCUACACAAAGUGUAAAUUCUCCUUCCUGGAAUCAUAGCUCUCCCUCUGGCAUCACUCCUUCACCAGCUAUCUACCAGCCCUCAUAUGAUGGAAGAGCUGCCACUCAAGGGCUGAAAAAUGGUAUUGGGAGUGCUUUUCAAACCAAUGUGAAACAAAGCCCUGCCUUGACUUCUAUUGUCCCUAAUUGGAAAAGUGCAGAAACCUCACAAGUGAUAAUGCAGGCAUCAACUCCUUCCUCAGAAACAAUGCAGUCCCCAACUGUGAUUCCUCCUUCAUUCCCAAAUCUUGCAGAUGGAGGAACUGAUUCAUACUCACCAGUGCAGCCCCAUUGGUUUUAUUCCAAAAUGGUUGAUGGGAACCUUGCAUGGUUGCCAUUUUCUCUCAUGGAUUCAAUGGCCUUGGAAGAGGCCUGUAGUUCUGGUGACACAGAACCAGACACUUUAGUGUGCACAGAUGGUGGACGGUAUGACGUGAACAUUUUCAAUCGCACCCGUCAUGCAGCCUAUUGGACAGAAGAUCCCCUGCCAGUCCGUAGGGCAACUUGGUUUUACAAGGGGCCCCUGGAGAGUACCUAUACUCCGUAUGAUGAGAGAUUUGCUAACAAACUUGAGGAAGAGUACAGGAAAGCCUUGAUGACUGGAACAUGGCAUCGUCGUCUGGAAUUCCCUGGUGGAGAGAGCAUUGUCAUUCAUGGACCUAACUCUAUUGUUCACUUCCCAAUCUCUUUGACACCAACAGAAGAUUUUGGGGGUGCACAGGAAGGGAUGGGCCGCCCUUGUACUGUCAAGAGAGGGGCUGAGGGCUUCAAUAUAGAGGAUGGUGAACCCAUAAAGAUUGAUCAUUUAGUGUUCUUUGUACAUGGUAUUGGAGCAGUGUGUGACUUCCGCUUAAGGAACAUCACUGAAUGUGUGGAUGACUUCCGGUCCUUGUCCAUCCAGUUGAUUCAUUCCCAUUUUCAUUCUGCUGUUGAAGAUGAUUCUAUUGGAAGACUAGAACUCCUCCCUAUUUCAUGGCAUACUUCUCUACAUGGAGAUGCAACGGGCAUUGAUCGACGGCUGCAGCCCAUCACCUUGCGCAGCAUUCCAAAGCUGAGAAGUCUUAUCAAUGAUACUCUGCUGGACAUUCUCUUCUACACAAGUCCUGUGUAUUGUCAGCAAGUCAUGGAUACUGUUGGUUCAGAGAUUAACCGCAUGUACCACCUGUUCAUGGAGAGAAACCCUGGCUUCACUGGUCAAGUUUCACUGGCUGGUCACUCAUUGGGCAGCCUUAUUCUCUUCGACCUUCUGCUUCACCAGCCCUCUCCUGAGAAGUCCUUCAUGAAAAAAGGAGAAGUGAUGACAAAUACAAAAGAUCAGAAGUCUGAAGAGAAGGAUGCCUCAAGCAAAGAGAAGCAAUUCACUUCAGUCCAAGAACUCCUGGAACAUUUAGAGUUAAUGAGUUAUAUAGAUGUCUUUACUGAAGAGAAGCUUGAUCUCACUGCUUUGCUAUUAUGUCAGGAGGAAGAGAUUGAGAGGCUUGGUUUGCCCAUGGGACCAAGAAAGAAGAUUAUUUCUGCACUGAACGAAAUCAGGGCUUCCAGGAAUGAGGAGGAAAAAACAAUUGCAUGUUCCUUGACCAAAGAAGAGGAUGAUGAGCCAAAACCAGGCAGCACAAAUAACACAACAACAUCAGUCUCAUAUACAAUUGGUCUGGCCGGAACAGGGCAGCCUUCCAUCAACUAUCCUGUCCUGGCCUUUCAUCCAUUAAGCUUUUUUGCCUUGGGUUCCCCCAUUGCAAUGUUUGUCACUGUGCGUGGACUUGAAAAUCUUGGUCGAGACUUUCGCUUGCCAACAUGCCAAUAUGUCUACAAUAUCUUCCAUCCAUAUGACCCUGUGGCAUAUCGAUUGGAAACUCUGCUUGAUCCAAGCCUAAUUUCCUUGCGACCUGUCCUCAUCCCUCACCACAAAGGAAGAAAGCGAAUGCACCUUGAACUGAAGGAGGCAAUGACACGAGUUGGUUCUGACCUGAAGACUCGAUUUGUGGAGUCUGUUCGAUCCACUUGGAAUACUAUUUACCACUUUGCACAAUUUCAUCGUGGUGCUGCUGCUGAGCAGGAGUCUUUGGAGGCAGAGGUGGACAAGGUGUUGCAACAAGAACUGAAGAAACAUGAAGAGCAAGAGGGAGAAGAUGACACUCAUUCACAAACCAGUGACACCUCCACAACUGCCUCACAAGCAACCAGUCUCAUUGGACAGAUCAAUGGAGGAAAGCGUAUAGACUAUGUGCUCCAAGAGAAACCCAUUGAGAGCUUCAAUGAAUACCUUUUUGCUCUUGGAGCUCAUGUUGGUUACUGGGAGUCAGAAGAUACAAUGCUUCUGAUUCUGAAGGAAUUGUAUGCAUCCCAGGGGAUUCAGGCAGACACCCAUGUUCACCAUGAACUACAAGUUCAAUCCAUGUCCUCCAUCCAGCCUCCUCCACCCACCCUCCCUUCUCAUUUUCUUCCUCCUCCCCCUGUGCCUCCACCUACUCUCCCUUCUCAUUUUCAUCCUUCUCCCCCUGCACCUCCUCCUACUUUCCCUCAACCUUCCACCUCCUUUAGCACUCCUUUGUUUCCUUCUGUACCACCUGGCCCUGCUCCCUAUCAGAUUCCCACCAUUGCCCCAGCAACAAGCAUACCUGUAGGUAUGGAUCCUACUGCUCCUCCUGAGAGACGGGAUGUUGGUCCUCCUCCCAUAACAGGAUUUGUCAGCAAGACCAAGAAAUGAUUGUUCAUCUCAGCUCUCCUCCUGUUUCCUCUGUUUGUGCUGUAUUUCUUCUUGACUUUAUGGACCCAAUUUGAAGGAUCAUGCUAGUUCAUCUCAACUGUGGUGAAAGCUGCAAUCUAUUUUUCCCCUUUCUUUUUGUCUUUCUUCUCAAUGUGUUCUUUGGUACAGGUAUCAGUAUACAGUAGAACUGCAGCAAGUACCUGUAGCCUGUACAUUGUUUCUGGAUAUUGAAUCUAGGGUUCUGGGUGAUAGCAAAUUAACUUCCUUCUUGCUCUUUAGUCACAUUCUAUGCACUCUGUUUACCCCCUUCUCGUUUUCAAACUGCAACUGCCUUGGCAUGACAGAAUGAACCUUGGCUUUCUCCUCCCAAUUAGGCAUACAGGCACUAUCUCAUUGAGAUGUCCCAUAUGCCUUGAAGUGCAGGUAUCCCAUUGGAAAUCAUCUAUUGUGCAUCCUGAGAGGAUAGAAAAUUGCACUUACAUAAUGAAAAGUCUGUUAGAUCCAUGAAGUGGUUCUUGUGAACAUUGAGGAAGAAAAUUUUUAUGGAUGUGCUCAUGCUUGUGGUGAUUGAAAGACACUUGCUCAUUUCAGAACCGGGUUUUCCACUGGUGUCCAUGACCUGCAGGGGUGCAAGAGGUGUUGCCUCUGCUUGGUGUAUCCAGUGAUGUGGAUUCAAUCCUCAUAAUACAAAAUAUUUAUUUAUUUGUGGGGGAACAUAAGUUUUUCUGAACCAUUUAUUCAUCUUAAAUGAAAGAAAUUAUGAGUUCAAAUAAAAUUCUUCAUUCAUGUUGCAAAAUA